CUGCUAAGCCGUCUUUUUAGGUCAUCUACGCCAACUAAAAAGCAACGUCUGCUUUGUGCUGCUAAUUCUAGAGCAUCUACGCCAGUCAAGAAAGAUCGUCUGCUACAACUUGCCGAAUAAGCCAGAAACUUCUUGAGACAGACAAGAGACUGACCACUGCGUGUCCGCGAGCCUUCUCACUCGUUUACCACAAUUGGCAUAUCUUCCUGGCAGGUCUACCAAUUUUCACACCUGUUCAUCAAGAUGGCCAUUUGUUGUGUAAUCUGUGGUGAGGCGCUAGCCCGUCGAGAAAUCCACAUCCCGCAGCCGUUGGCCUCUAUGUGUGGUAUUACGUCACGCACAGUGGUAUCUGAAGACAAACGCUGGAUGGAGCCUUGCAUACUUGUUGGCACUCCUGAAUUCCUCGAGUGGAAGCAGAAAGAUGGCAAAGAGAAGGCGGAGAUGAUGACCAAGAAGGGAUCGGCCAUGGACUUCGAUCUCCUCCGUCUCAUCCCUGCUUUCAGACUGCAGCAUAGCGAUGGCAUUUUCUACGAGACGGUUGAAGAGGGUGGUGUCAGGUCUUUGCGUUUUCACCCAAUGCAAACCAAUGGACAGUUUCCCAUGCCAAUCCCCCUCCACCUUGACUGCCUGAAGGUGGCCAUGAAGUUCAAGGCUUACCAGAAGCGCUUCGAUCUUGUUUUUCGAAGCGACCGUGGAGAGCCAACCCAUCUCACCCAUCUAUAUGAGGUGUGGUGCCAACGGGCCGCCUAUACUGCUGCCUACACCACAAGCGAUGGAAUCCUCCGGGUCCGUGUUGGCGAACCUAGAAAUUACCUCCGGACGUAUGCCAACACCAAUAUGAGAUACGUUUCGCCCUUCAAGAUACCCGACCUCACAGCCAAGAUCGUCGCUUACCUGCAAAAAAUGCCGGAGAACUACGACUGGAACGACUACCCUGAGAAGGUUGAAUUUCGCAGCCGAUGGGAGAAACUCGCCCCUGAAUUGCAGGACAUAUUGUGCCUAGCUCUUCAGCCCUUCAGGAAUGCGCCGCUACGAGGUACCCGUUUUCACCUGUCGACCUGGUGGCGUGACCAGCUCCUGGGCGGAUUCAUUAUCCCCUGGCUCUGGGACUUGAACAAGGACGAGCUCGAGAAGUCGCACCCGGCCCUCUUCGAUCCUGAGACUGAGCAGGAUUGGGAUUGGGAAAGACUGGUCAGAGAGCUUUCGCGAAACAAAGCCUUCACAGCUCAGGGAUUACUGGGCUCGCUGGAAAUCAAACAGAAAAACGGCUUAAUGAACCGUCGCCGAUUGUGGAAAUUGCUGAGAAACACCAGGCUCGGACAUCUGCCAGUGACCGUGUCUGCUCAACCCAGCCCGUAAUCCAUCCACCUUACACCUGUCACAGAACAUUCUCAGAGUUAUCCCGAUCGAUUCUUGAGUUUUGAUCACCAUUGCACCGCAGAGAAUUCCCUUUACACAACAUAGCCCCCUCAAUCGCCCAGGAACUUCUCAGGGGUACACCAGCAGCAGUACACUAUACUUGUGUAUUUCUUCUACAACACAGGCUCUUUGCACACCCUCCAUAC